AUGGUAGUGAAGGAUUUCGUUGAUGAACGUUCAAUCGUUCGUUACUAUAACCGGGCUACCGAGAGAAAGGGUCAAAUGCUUUUCAUUGACUCAAUGGCAUCGUUUGUUAAGCUUGAUUCGACUAAUCUCGUUCAAGAUGGAUACAAUUCCACGUGGAAGUACUCUUUCCCAGGGUCUGCAGCUGAUUUCAAAGAUGUUACUUGCGCUGUUCAGUCUAUCUCUAUGUACAACAGCGAGUAUAAUGUCGAUUCGCUUCAAUUUUUGAAUAACUCAUUUAAAGUAGAAGUACCAACAGCUGCUACAGCUUCUACCAUCACAUUCAGACUGCUCUGGUGA